UAUAAUACUCUAUAAAAGCACCGUCAAUUCCCUUUCAUUCCCAGCAACCAUCAUAUUCUCUGUAAAUCUGGAAUACGAGCCUUGGCCUGAAAAAUUGUCGUAUUUGCUCCCAAAGGCUAGAAAGGGUCACGUCGGGGGAACCAAUUCUCCCGAGAGCCGAAAUGGAGUUGCCAAAGCGCCGCAGGAGGACACAUAUAUCUUAGAUAUCUGUGUACAUCUGCUCCAUUGCUGCAUGCGCAAGCACACUGAUUUCAACAUUUGAAGCAUUUGAAGUCAACUGAAUUCGAUCAAAAAUCUCCAUUUCAAUCAUGGUUUCAAUUACUGUCCCAGACAACUAUGGUGCCGUGAUCGCCCUCGCCCUCGGCGCCAUUCCUUUCCUGUCCUUCAUGCAAGGCAACGUCGUGACAACGCUUCGUAAAGACGCGCGAGUUCCGUACCCUCACCAUUAUGCCACGCAGGAACAGUGCAAGACCAAUCCCAAGGCCGAGCAAUUCAACUGCGCCCAGCGCGCACACGGCAACCUGCUGGAGAACAUGUCGCAGACGAUGCUGUACAUCCUCGUUGCGGGUUUGAAAUGGCCCCGUGCCACUACUGCCAUUGGACUCGUGUGGUUGGUUUCGCGCAUGGCUUAUGCUUAUGGUUAUAUUUACUCGGGCAAAACCUCUGGUCGAAUGUAUGGAGCCUCGUUCUGGUUAUGCCAGGGCGCUCUCUGGGGCAUGUCGGUGUUUGGGGUUGGUGGCGAGUUGCUCAACUUCUUCUAAAGCAGGGGCGUAAUCUCCUGGAGGGUAUUCGAGAACUGUCUCAGUAAUUGGAUGGAUAUGUGCAGUAAUAAUAAUAAUAAUAAUAAUAGCUGCGUUAUUAUAUACAUCAUCAUGCCUUA